CAUCACCAUGACAACCGUCGUUAGCGACUCUUUCCUGUUAGCAAGUGUUAAAUAAACGCAGAUUGAGUGUCCGGUAUCUAAUGUAACUGUGAUAAUUUGGGGAUAAAGACCGGGUUGGUGAUCGGAUUACAGGUUGUAACUGAACAUUUAGGAAUCAACAAUGAAAUUGUUAUCAUAAGGGACAUAACUCCGCAGUGUCGUGAGCUUGCUCGAUCUAACAUCAGACGUAAGCUGGUGGUAAAGAUUUUCAAAUUAUUGUUAUCUCCAGCAACAACACUAACGAUGGCUGACACAAUUGUUUUUAAGCGAUCCCAGACUAUGUACCCUUACUGGGUGAAUUAUCCUCCUACCGUCCCUCAGUAUCCUGCUUCACAGACGAUGUUCAGGCGUGAAGUUCCAGAGAAAUUCACAAAACCCAAAGGUCGAGCAUCAUAUCAAAACUGGACAGACAAGUGGUAUGACUGGGACCCUCCCAUCAGGAGGGAGGAAGAGCUGCCCAAGGUUGCAGACAGACGAGAACCUUGCUCCAGACCUUGGAUGUACAGACCGGGCACUUCGGCCAUUCCUACCUGGACCAAAGAGGGCAAGGACUGGCCGUCAAACUAUGACCUCUUCCUGCGCACUGGCUCCACCAAUGCUGAGACCAAACGAGCACGUGCACUUCAGCGUCUUGGCUACCGUGACCAAAACCUGUACGCCUUCUCCAACAACAUGACAUCAUACCGCCGCCCCGUCUUUGCUGCUCUAGGACCCAUGCUUCGCCCCCCUGUGUAUGGUCUGAAUCACCAGCACAAUCGCCAUGGAAACAUGCCUUUUGAAGAUUACUAUUAAUGCAAGAAGAGUUUCAAUUUACAGUGUCUUUUUUAUUACUUCUCAGUGUGUAACAUAGAGCAAUAGAUUGGUGCAUUAUAUCCAUAAAAAAACUGAGAUUGGCGUGCGCAAUAAGAUUUAUAAAAAAAGGCCUUUGAAAGUCGAAGUUUUUAUAUGUCAGUCUUGUCAUUCUUUUACAGUCACCAUUGUUGAUGAGGGAUAUUGUCAUCAUGGAUUCUCAAACAAUUGUUGAUGACUGAUUGUCUUCAUGCUGGAAUCAAUUGUCAAUUACCGAUCAUUAUGUGUUCUCAAUUUUUAUUUUCGAUCAUCAUGAGUCCCCCACCUUUGCCACCGCCCAACAAUUGUUGAUCACUGAUAACCAUCAUAAUCCCCCUUCUCCCCUAAAAAAAAAAAAAAACCUUGUCUAUUACCGAUAGUCUUGACUGUGUGCCUUUAAACAGGAUUUGUGGACCCUUAAUCAGGAUUUCAUUGUGGGCCUUCAGUCAGGAUUUGAUUGUUGGUCUUCAAUAUGUUUUUUGUUACUGAUCAUUAUGGACCCCUCCCCCAAACAAUCUCCAAUGAUAAUUUUUAUAGGACCUUCAACAGCUAGGUUUUCUUUCUUCUUCCAUACUAUUAAAAAAGAAGCAACUGGCCAUGCAUUGUAUAGUAGCUGUCCCCACUCUAACUUUGUAUUCAUACGUCACAAACCAGCUACUGUGGUGUGUUUUUUAUGUCACACCCAUAGAGACAGUGACCGUUGCAAUGACACUGUGUCAAAGAUCAUCUUCAGAACCCUGCAGCUGAUCCUUACAGGAAUAUACUGGAUGGGAAAACUAGCCCACCCCAGUCUGGCUGCUGUGGCAACUGAUGUUUAUAAUGAUAUAGAAUAUCACCUUUCGCGGUUUCGAUCCAUCGUACGGCAUGCCCGUUGGUGUCAUUGCACAUUAAAGAGAAUAGAAAGACUU